UCGGAGGUGUUCGCGGAUAAAAGCGCCAAAACGAAUCGAAAAAGCGUUAACUUCGUUCGCUCGCUAGGUGAAUCAGUUAUCAGUGGGAUUAACCACGAUCCGGGCGGGAUUCAAAUUCAAACCGAUUUAGUGCGUCGCAGUUUUCCGAGUGAUCGUUAGUCGUAACGGUAGAAAGGUGAAAAAGAUCCCAUCGAACCAAGGGCGCAGCAUAACCCACACUCCGUGGGCAAGGUCAGCGCCAUAAGAUCCAGAUCCAUACCCCGAUCGCAUUGGGAAUGAAGUAUGCGCUGCACCGGACAAAAAUAGAACGGCAGUGUGCUUUAAAUCUGAGGCACUGAACUUUACGGCGAAUACACUCGACCGAAUCGGAACUGUCAUCAGCUACAAAAGAUCCCAAAAAAAAAAAGAGAAAUGCCAGAGGCACGUCAGGGAUGCAUUACAUACGACAUGACCUCUCGAGGAAGAUAUGAAGGUCUCCCGAUGAAAACUAUAUAUGUGAGCUCUGAGAAUGGAAAGACCUGGAAGAGUGACUCAAGGACUAAGGCACUUCAACCCAUAGAAGUUGACCAGUCGGUGGUGAGGAGAAGGACCAAGAGCAGUAGCCUCAUAUCCUGCUGCUGUGCACGUCACUCCACGAGGACAGUGGACAGCGAAGCUAUCGAAGGAGAAGGGGAGGCAAUCAUUGGCGAUCAGCAGGUGCCGCACCUUGCACCACUGAAGCUAUCCAGCUCCUUGCCAACCACUCCGCAAUUGGGAAAACGGGUGGUGCGAGGACGUGGCUACAAGAAGCUCUCGUGGAAUGAGGAUCGGCCGGGCGAAACAUCAAUAUCAAUGAUCGCCCAGGGCCAGGAGGCCAGGGCCAAUCCGCCGCUCACCUAUCAGCAACUCAGCCGCAACAAUAACAACAAUACCAGCAACAUAAAUAACAACAACAACAACGAUGAGGAGGAGUACGAUCCCAUUGCCAAAUACUUUGCCAACACGCAGCAUCAAAAGCUAUCUCCUCGGAUCGCUGCGAAAAGCUCACGGAUUCUCUGCGAGAAUUGCUGUGGGGAGAGGCAGCAACAAGUUGGCAGCUCUAUGGACCGCCAAAAGCAACAGCAACAGCAGCAGCAGCAACAGCAGCAACAUCAUCAGCAGCAGCAGCAACAGCUGCCGUUUGGGGACUACGAUUCAGUGUCCGAUUUGUCGUCGUUUCGCUUUGUCUUCGAUGGGGAGGAAGUCGAUUCCACGAGGCGCGUAUUAUUCGAUGCUCAUUAUGAGGAUGCCGCUGACGAUGACGAUGACGUUGCGCGGCCGCCGGUUAUAGAAAUAGAAAAGCGGCAGCCAAAUACAUCAACAACGAAAACGGAAAAAUCAACAGAGGCGGCAGCAGCAGCAGCAACAUCAGUGGGAGACGCGUCAUCGCCAGUGUUGUCCCUGUCAUCUGAAAUCAGCGACGAGUCACCAGCAAUUUGUUGUUAUACAAUUGACAAAAAACUGUCACACCAGCAGCAGCAGCAUCUACAACCGAAGCAGCAGCAGCAACAACAUCUGCAACACUACAAUUCCUGUGCCACUGUUAGCUAUCGAAGCUAUCGCCUUCCGCCACCAGUUCCACCCAAACCGCGUGCCCAUGUGCAGUCCUCUGGAUGCGAUGAGCCAGCUUUGAAGACCAGACGUUUGGUCUGCCAUCAGCCACCUGCCAGUUUGCCUCACUAUCCGCCUAGAAUUUACCCCGCCAACAGCUGUUGCCUCCCCAAGGAUUGUCACGCGUUCGAGGGAAACUUCAGCAAUAACAUCAACUACAAUUGCCGAUUCGGGUCGAGUGGGGAUUGCCACUGGGGAUUGGUAAAGGGACCCCGAUCCCUUUGCUAUGAUCGACACGGCCGCCUGACCUUCGACUCGGAACCGGAACCGGAAGUGGUGGGUGAAAAGAGCAACGGAGUGCACAAGUCGCUCAGUGAAUCGCGUUUGCAAGUAGAAUAUUACGCAGAGCCCAAAAUUCCUUACGAUCCGUACACCGAUUUGUCGCGUGUGACCGCGAAUGUUAUAAACCCCGAAAGAAGCGAACGGGAAAGUACGUUUUCUCUGCCCCUGCAGCACAGUCGUGAGUGCAAUGCACUCGUCCCAGUGAAUCCCAUAAACCAAAUUACCAAUAAUCAAAACCAUCAAAAUCAAGUUAAGCGAAACCAUAUUCUCCUGCCCUGUCACUGCAGUUCCCAUGUGGAUGCUCCGUACGAGGUUAACAAGGAGAACGGGCACACAAUGGAGAAACGACGUAAUACCCUGGACCGCUUUCAGCGCCUCGGUUUCGGGCGUAAAUCAUCACCAGCGGCAGCCGCCGCCUCCACGUCCUCCACGCCCUCCACUUCCGGUGGUCCGGAGAAGCAGCGCAAGACGUCGGAUCGUUCGGAGCGCCUUCGCGAGCUAACAGAACUUUUGCGGGGAGGCGGCGGUGGCAGCAGUUCCCGCGCCUCCUCCACGCCCACUCCACCACCGCCGCCUCCACCACCACCAGUGCCACCACCCCGCAAGCCACGCCACUCCCAAUCCUCACAGUCCUCCCAUUUGGAACGCCAGGAUACGGGCGCCAGUCAAACCUCGGAAUCGGAGGCGGGCAGCGUUCAUCUGCGAAUGCCCAGCGAAGAGAGCACACGUCACAGUGGAGGCCUCAGCACCGCCGCCCGCAUCUUCGCCUCCCUUCGGCCAAACACGAGUCUCUCCAACCUGGAGGCCUUCAUGUUGAGCAACCGCGAGAAGUCCAAGUCCCCGCCCCCACCUGCGCAGCAGAAUCAACGACCUGCGGCCAGCAGUAGAUGCGUAGAUGCGUCGGCAUCCGCUGGCGGCAGUGGCAGUUUCGAGAGCACGGCCCACGGAGCAUCACGGCCGGAUUCACGCAGCGCGCACAAGGCGGCCCCAUUUCGAUCCGUUUCGUUCUCGCAGAUCGACUGCAAGUCCACGCUGACCGCUCUGCGGGAUCGCCUCAAGCGGGACAAGGCCAUCGAGGCGCCCAGUCCGAGUCCCACGCACUCCAGGGAGGAGGAGCACCAGCUAGUUCCACCGGAUCCCGGCUGGGUGCGAAUCCCCUUGAAGAAGACCGAACUGAGCAUCAAUCUGAAUUACGGGCAGGAGAAGUCGCUGGAUCACGACGCCAUCCAGGAGGAGGACAUCUUUAGCAACGAAUUGGCUGCCAGUGGCAGCUCCGGCAUCCUCUUCCCAGUGGCCACCGCCAGCAGUGUGAUAGCCGCCCAUGCCACCAUGGAAUCCCUGACGGACACCAUUCAGUCGGAGAGCGAUUGUCUGAUCAAGGAGGAGGUUCAACAGCCUGUGCUGGAGAUUACACCACCCACCAGCUCGUCGGUGAGUGGCAGUGCGCCCAAUUUGGCCACCCUGAUGGAGGAGCAGCUGCCGCUGGAGGCACCGCCGGAUAACUUCCUGCAAACAGCCACCACCUGCGAGAUACCAGUGCCCGUUUACGAGUGUGCCGCCCAGGAGUGGCUGGAGACCCCCGCCCAGGAAUGGGUGGAGGUGGCGCCCGAGGAGUUCGGCAUUGUGCCCGAGACCAUUCAGCCGCCCAUUCCGCAUGCAGCCUGCAAGAUCUCCCAAACGCCGUCCACCCUGACCACCGCUGUGAGGAGCGAUUUGGUGCCCACCAUUUCGGUGAGUCGAUCCUCCGAGGAGGGCGACGAGCAGCUGGCCAAGAUCGAGGACGGGCCGCAGGUGGAGGUGGCCACCACGGCCAAGAAUCCCUCGGUGGAGCAGCAGCAGCACUGCAAGCAGUACAGCCACGAUGAUCUCGACCUGACCAAUGUGGAUCUGCGGAGCUCGCUGGAGGCCAUCGCCACGCCGCGACACAGCACGGAUGAGCGACAGCGGAGGCACCUGGACAAGUCGACCAAGCGCAAGGGGAUGUACAUAGACAACGCCGACUGGCAGGCUCCCGCGGAGGCGCCACCACGUGGCCUGGCCCUGGACAUCGGUGUGGCCAAUCUGAAUGCCAUUAAGCCGGAAUCCCCGUCGGAUGUCAGCACUCCCGGCGCCUCGCAAAUGUACAUCAGCAGUCCGCAGAGUUCCUAUUCCUUCGAACUGAACACGCCCGAGCUGGAGAAGGGUUCGCCCUCGUGGGGCAGCGGAGGAUUGGGACUGGCACAGCCACGCGACAAGGCGCAGCUGCUGAGCAACUUUAGCUGCCACAGCAGCGAGGAGAAGGACGACGCCUCCAGUCGGAGCCUGAGCUUCCUGCGCACCGAUUCCACCUCGGACAACGAGUGCGACCGGGCUGCCAGGGAGCGGGAAAGGGAGCGGGAGCGGAUCACCUCCAGUCCCACGCCCAGCAGCGGCGACUACGACUACAAGCGCUUCUCGAAGCGACCGCUCAGAGGUCCCUACGGCCAGAUGCUGGAGGCCGAGAUGAAGAAGCCCAACCGGAUGCACUUCGAGGAGAUCCUCGAGGAGCUGCGCGAAACGGACAGCUUACGUAGCUCAGCUCCUGGCGGUGCAGCUAGUGGAUCGGGUGGUCCUUCGCGCAAUUUGCCGCAGUACUCGAACUCGAUGCGGGUGCGCAAAACGAGUACCUUUUUGCCGGUGCCAUCGCAUGCUCGGGCGGCUUCCACGCCCUCUCAGCUGGAGCACACCAACAAGUCCAUUUCGGCGGCCACCGCCCAGAUCUCCGUGUCCGCCAAGAACCUCAGUGAGGCGGAGUUGGAUGACCAGCUGCACCACAUGAAGCGGGCAGCCUCCGAGGCUCCGGCCCCCAAGUCGCACCACAGCAAGCGCAGUCAGUCGAUGAGCACAGAGCGUCCCAGCAUCCAUCAUCAUCACCACGGUCACAGUCACGGUCACGGUCACAGCCACAGUCAUCAUCACGGCGCCAAACGGAGUCUGGAUGCGGGAUCUGGUGAUAAGUCUGCCAAAGCAGCUCCAUUGGCUGGAGGAGCUACGGGAUCAGGAUCGGGAUCGGGUUCGGCUUCUGGAGGAGGCGGCAAGGCGGGCCUGAAGCCCACGCCCGCUCUGUUGGCCGAGCUCCUGAAGGGAUCCAGUGAGAACAUGAUCUCCGAGCAGCGAAAGAAGACGAUAGCGGACACACGCACCUAUGUUGUGCAGGAGAUCUACCGGAAUGAGCAGUCCUACGUGGAAUCCCUACAGACCGUGGUCGUCAAAUAUCUGAAGGUGCUCAAGGCCCCCGAGCAUGCCGGCAUGAUAGACACACGCACUGUGGAUGAGAUCUUCUUCAUGGUCCCCGACAUCCUCGAGAUUCACGAGAGGUUCCUGGGCGACCUGAAGAGCCGGUUGGAUGACUGGGAUGUCCAGCAGAAAGUGGGCGACGCCUUCAUGGAUACGUUUUCGAAACUAGAGGUCCUAGAGGUCUACACAUCCUUUGUGAACAACUGCAAUCGGGCCAAGAACGCCAUUCGCUCUAUGAAGCACCAGCGACCUUCGUUUUCCAAGUUCCUCGAGUCGACGGCUCGGGAGCACAAGGGCAAGCUGACCCUGGACAAUCUGCUCAUCAAGCCUGUGCAAAAGUUUCCCAACUAUGAACUGCUCUUCCAGCGAUUGAUUAAGCACACGGAUCACGAUCAUCCAGACACGAAGCAUUUGCAGGAUGUGCUGAAGCUGGUCCACGACAUUCUGGUCCACAUCAACUGCAAGGAGCGCGAGAUCAUGGAGAAUGGACAGAGGGAGGCCACGCUGCGGGAACUGGAAGGUGUCAUCGAGGGCAUCACCGAUCUUAUAGCCCCGGAAAGGCAGUUCCUGCUCUUCGACCUGGUCUCCAUGCCAUCGGGACAAGGGGCGCGCAAGGAUCGUGGCUUCUUCCUGUUCAACGAUCUGCUCGUCCUCACGAGCAUCAAGAAACGAAGCGGCACGAUUCGCAAGCCAAACAGCUCCAUUUGCCCGGGCACUGUGGCCACCACCCUGGACACCAAUAAGUACAAGUUCCUCACCAAGAUCUCGCUGGACUGCCUGGAAAUUGUCAAAUCCAAGGACGAAAACAUUAAGCGCAUCGUCAGCGAAAUCGAGACUUUGGCCGAAGACUGCAAUAAACUGCAGCAAAUCACCGACAUAGCCGUAUCCCUAAAAUACCCGCAUCAGUAUCUGGAGGACGUAAUCCGCGAGCUCCAUCGUGAUGUCCAGCGACAGCUCUCCGAGCGCCAGACAAACGACACCCAGCUGAAUAUGCUCGAACUGACAGUCAGUUCUCCAAAUGGCAACCAGAAGCUGACCGUGGUCUUCAACAAGACGGAGAAGCGCACGCAAUGGGAGGAGAGUUUCAACGAGGCCAAGCAGAAGCUGGCUGCCACCCUGGAGCGACAUCCCAUUCCCGAGUUCCUCACCUCCAUACCCAUCCGCAAGACCCGUGCUGGCCUGCAGUUCACCUGUGCGGCAGCCACGCUGAGUGACAACCGGGAUGUUUGGGUUUGCAACAGCGACGGCUACGUGGGUCAGGUGUGCAUCAUGUCGCUGCAUCCCGAGCCGAAUGUCACCAGCUGCAACGGGGUGUGCAAUGCCCGCAUCCUGUGCGUGGCCUCCGUGCCGGCCUACAGCUCGGCGGCCUCCAGUCGGAACAGCAGUGGCGAGCAGCCUGCCGGAUCCGGUGGUCAGGAGGAGAAGGACAAGCGCAACACUCCGCAGAGCUACACGCAGCAAUUGAGGGACUAUCGCAAGAGCAUCUCGCCCAGCUUCCAGAGUGCCUCCACAUCGGCGACGGCGACGCCGGAAAAGAAGAAGCUGACGCCAACGCCCACACCGGUUGCGGGCGGGGAUCCUGGUGAUGCGGCGACCACGGCGCCUGGCGGCAGUGAUACUCAGCUGGAACUGAAUCUCAGCUCCAGCGACGAUGAAACGGAGGCCGCAGCAGCCUCGCUGAAUGUCGCCGGGAGCACAGGUGCGGGAUCUGGUGCAACUCUAGCGGAACGGGUUCCCAGUCCUGCACCCUCGUAUCAUGGGCAUCAGGACUCGAAUCCCGAGGAGGGCGAGAGCAAUCAAUCAACCAUGUGGAUUGGCACUGAAGACGGCUGCAUCCACGUCUAUAAUAGCACUGACAAUAUUCGCAUUAAGAAGAACCGCAUCAAGAUCGAACACCAUUCGGCCGUCUAUUCCAUUUUGUACCUGGACAAUCGUGUGUUUGUAUCAUUAGCAAAUGGUGAUAUCUGUGUUUACCUAAGAGAUGGUGCCACCUCCUGGAAUACUUGCUCAUCGCACUGCCUGUCCAUUGGCACGGUCACCAGUCCGGUGAACAAGCUCCUGAACGUCAACGGUCGUCUUUGGUGCUCCAUCCAGGGCAUAAUCAAAGUGCUGGAUGUAGAGACUUUGACGGUCAUCAAUCAAAUACAGAUUUCAUCGGACUCGAAGCCGAUCACAAACAUGACAGUCUCAAACAAUCAUGUGUGGAUAUCCAUACAGAACUCAGCGCACAUUAAGUGUUUCCAUUCCAAUACCCACCAACUGGUUACCGAAGUGAAUCUCGCCCCCGCCGUAAACAAGAUGCUCUCGAAUUGCGAUGAGAUCAUCCGACAGCACAAGGCCGCCUGUCUGCGGGUAACAUCGCUGCUGUGCUGCAAGGAUCUCAUCUGGAUCGGAACCAGUGCGGGCGUUUUGCUCACCAUCCCGGCGCAGGGUUACGAAAAGGGUGCCAUUAACAUUGUGCCGACAGGCAUUCCCCAUGGCCACACCGGUCACGUCAGAUUCCUAACGUUUGUGGAAACUACGGGCUUGGAGGGAGCUGCAUCCGGUGGAGGCGGAAGCGGAGGUCGGGAUGCAGGCGGCUCCACCAGCGAUGAGUACUCCAAACAGGGAUCCAUCAAGCACUCCAAGUCCAAGUCGGAGACGAACAACACACUGAUCAUUUCCGGCGGCGAUGGCUACGAGGACUUCCGCAACUCCGGCGCCAACUCGCUGAGCGAGAUCGCCGGACGCGAGGACAGCACCAACCAUCUAUUGAUAUGGCAAAUUUGAAGCAGAAGGCGUAAAAACCGCUGGAGGCUCCUGCUCUCACGCUGGAAGAACAACAACUGAGAUCGCCUCAGUGGUUGUCCGAGGCCAGCGCUCGAGUGGAGAGCCCGGCGGUUUUUAUGGGCCGAGCAUUAAUCGAGAUCCCGACAAGCGGAGAUCUGCAGCAGCUGCUAAGCUGGAAAUUAGUAGGAUUAGCUGACGGACUUAACGGACUGAAGGGACAAGCUGAUGACGGAUGUACAGAUGAAUAUUGAUUGCUCGCAGAAUAUUUAACGUUCGACUGGCCACCCAAGGCAGUGCCAAAAACAGAAAACAAAUCACACAUACGACUCCUGCGCCAAAACGCGAUUUGGAAAGCACUUUCGAUGUACAGACAGAUCGCACCGCUGGAGAGGAAGAAGGAGAGCUACUCGAUUCCACGGCAAAGUACGAUAGAUAUUUUUGUAUUGCUUAGCAGGCAGACUAAUUGUAAAUGUAAACCCCAUUCAAGUGUUAAAAGUUCGAGUCUAGGUUUGUUUUCAAUUGAAUACAGAUACAGGUCUAAGUCUAAACGUAAAUCAUACAGUUUGUGUACGAGUUUAAUCCAU